AUGCUGACAUCCAAUAAUGGAGAGGCCAAAGCAGGCGACGACGAUGAAUUACUAAACGCCACAGAUCAUUCCCAGCAUGACGCUGUUCUGGCCGAUGAAGGGAACGAAUCCAGUUACUCCCGACUGACCACACCAGGGUACGGCAGCGACUCAGAUGGUGGAACAUACUCUGGACAAAGACCACAGCUCAAUCCCGGUCAAGCAGUUAAAAGAACUAGAGCAGACCGAGAAGAAAGUGAAGAAUAUGAUCCUAGUAACCCCAUGGGAAUUGAACGAGAGAGAUAUAAGAAACGAGUUCCUGCGAAAGUCAUAGAUCGUUUAUGGACCAAACUAGAGCCCGAGCAGUUCAGAUCUCUAGACAAUCUUUUCAAUGUGGCUCUUAAUAAGUCGCUAGAAAGAUAUAAGGGGAGUGCCAACGAACACUAUAAGGUUGCAGAAGCACAACGAGUGUUAUCACAUCAUUGGGCCAGUGAGAAACUACCGAAAUCCUUCUUGGCUAGGCUUAAGAUGACUAAGCUACCGCCUGUCAAGUCAUUGCAAGUGAGAAUGAGAGGCGCCAAAGCGGAGGAGUACGAUCUUCUUGAUAUUGAUCAGGCUCAGCGUAAGAAAGCCAUGUACGAGGCAUACCUACUGGCAGAGAACCAGCAGCUUCAGGAGCUACAAGCAUAUCAUAAGUCAAUUAAAAAGGCAUUUGAUGAAGAUUCAAAGUAUUUGGAGGAGUUCAAGAAGACUACUGCGUCCAUUCAAGCACAGACCACACGGGAGACCGAGGAAAAGAAGAAGCUAUUCCAUCUUGACGUUCCUCAUGCAGCUGACGACAUCAAUCUCAGUAAUAUACCAACACCCAUUCCGGAUAAUCUUGCGAGUGCUUCUUUCAAUCCAAACAAAGACUCUGAUGUGAAACACGCCACAACAGAAAUUAUCCGAGCUUCUUGGGAUAUGUGA